GGAAGAGCACUUGGGGCCUGGACCGCCUUCCAAGCCUCUGCUAAAUCAAGUCGCCGCUGCAAAGUACCGUUCACUGGACAGGAAUUUUAAGCGGCGAUACAAUUCGAAGAUGUCUGUCUUCGAAAGCUCCCCUCAGGAAAUGCCGUGCCCCCUCGCUGGCUUUCGGGACAGCUCGUAAGGCCCCUAGGCGCCCUUCCUAACAGACUCCAGGGGACACCAGCCUCUCUCGGGAAGCUCUGCAGCCAACGGCCACACCCAGAGGCGCGCGACACCAUAACAAUAACAACCGCCUCCCGCGGCACGCGAGCGGCGACUGGGCGACUGACGAGGCGCCCUCGCCGAACGCGGGUUUAGAAAGGAGCGGGCCGGGCCCUCAGGCUGGCGGCGCUCGUGCCCCGCUGGCCCGCGACCGCAGUGGGGUCCCGGGCAGCACUGGGAGGGCACGGGUCUCCGCAGGACCCGGCACGCCCGCGACGACCGCACGGGGAGCGCAGGCAGAUCCGCGGGCAGCCCCGCGCGCUGAGGACCCCGCGGCGGCGCGGGUUGGCGGGAAGGGGGAAAUUUCAAAGCCUGGUGGUUCGGCUGGCGGUGCGUGGGAGAGAUGAAGCUGCACUGCGAGGUGGAGGUGGUCAGCCGGCACUUGCCAACUUUGGGGCUGAGGAACCGGGGCAAGGGUGCCCGCGCCGUGGUGAGCUUGUGUCAGCCGCGGCCCCCAGCGAGGGGCGAGCAGGCCGGCCCGCACUCCGCCUGCCUCCUCGUCUCUACCAUGAAGGACAAGCGCGGGACCCGCUACGAGCAGCUAAAGGAGAACAUUGAGCAAUUCUUCACUAAAUUUGUGGAUGAAGGGAAGGCCACUGUCCGGUUAAAGGAACCUCCUGUGGAUAUCUGUCUAAGUAAGGCUAAUUCUGGCAGUUUGAAAGGUUUCCUUUCAGCCAUGAGACUGGCUCACAGAGGCUGUGACAUCAACACAUCACUUUCAACACUCACACCAGUGAAGACUUCAGAAUUUGAAAAAUUUAAAACUAAAAUGGUUAUCACAUGCAAAAAAGAAUAUCCCCUAGGCAAGAACUUUCCAUAUUCCCUGGAACAUCUUCAGACUUCUUAUUGUGGGCUCAUCCGAGUUGACAUGCGAAUGCUUUGUUUAAAAAACCUUGUGAAGUUAGACUUGAGUCAUAACCACAUAAAAAAGCUUCCUGCUACAAUUGGAGAUCUCAUUCAGCUUCAAGAACUUGACCUGAGUGACAAUCACUUGGAGUCCUUCAGUGUGGCCUUUUGUCAAUCUACACUCCAAAAGUCACUUCGAAGGCUGGAUCUCAGCAAGAACAAAAUCAAAGCACUCCCUGUGCAGUUUUGCCAGCUCCAAGAACUUACCGAUUUAAAGAUAGAUGAUAAUGACUUGAUCCAACUUCCUUUCAAGAUAGGACAGCUAAAAAACCUUCGUUUCUUGUCAGCAGCUCGAAAUAAGCUUCCAGUUUUGCCUAGUGAAUUUAAAAAUUUAUCUCUUGAGUACUUAGAUCUUUUUGGAAAUACUUUUGAACAACCAAAAGCCCUUCCGGUUAUAAAGCUACAAGUGCCUUUAAGUUUAUUGGAAUUAUCUGCACGAACUAUACUAUUUAAUAGGAUUCCAUAUGCCUUUCAUAUCAUUCCUUUCCAUCUUUGCCAAGAUUUGGAUACUGCAAAAACCUGUGUUUGUGGAAGAUUUUGUCUAAAGAGUUUCAUUCAAGGAACUGCUACCAUGAAUCUGCACUCUGUUGCCCACACUGUGGUCUUAGUAGACAAUAUGGGUGGUACUGAAGCACCUAUUACCUCUUACUUCUGUUCCUUAGUCUGUUACAUAAAUUCCUCAGAUAUGUUCAAAUAAUGUCAUGCCAUAGAGAAAUUUCAUUCGGUUCCAGCUCAGUCAGGGAUUCAUUAUGAGUUAACAGUGUCAGUUUGCAGACAGGGAACCUUCCUACUAGUAUGCUUGCUUGUGGACAGGAAUGGGUUUGGGCUAAGUCAUUUGACUUGAAGACUUUGAUUUCAUUAAAGCCAAAUAUUAUUGUGGGGUUAACUUAUAUUGCAAUGUGGGUUGUAUGAUUAUCUUUUUUUUUUUUUAAUAACUUUUUUAUUUUUUGUUUUUUCCACCAGGGAUCGAACUCAGGGCCUUGCACUUGCAAGACAGGCGCAGCACCACUGAGCUGAGUCUGCGACAUAGGGUUAUCUUUUAUU